AUGUGCCAGACCGACAACGCGGCGUCCGCGCCUAAUGAUCUCGUCGCCGUCGACUCCCGCCCCGUCACGCGACCCUCCAACCCCUACCAGCCCGUGGGCGACUACCUCUCCAAUGUCGGCCGAUUCAAGAUCAUCGAGUCUACUCUGAGAGAAGGAGAGCAGUUUGCCAACGCCUACUUUGACACCGAGACCAAGAUCAAGAUUGCCAAGGCCCUCGAUGACUUUGGCGUCGACUACAUCGAGCUGACCUCUCCCGCCGCCUCCGAGCAGUCAAGACUCGACUGCGAGGCCAUCUGCAAGCUCGGCCUCAAGGCUAAGAUCCUCACACACGUCCGAUGCGACAUGCGCGACGCCAAGCUGGCCGUCGAGACCGGCGUCGACGGCCUUGACAUUGUCAUUGGCACCUCCAGCUUCCUCCGCGAGCACAGUCACGGCAAGGACAUGGCCUACAUCACCAAGACUGCGCUCGAAGUCAUCGAGUUUGUCAAGUCCAAGGGCCUCGAGGUCCGAUUCUCUUCCGAGGACUCGUUCCGAUCCGACCUCGUCGACCUGCUCUCCCUGUACAGCGCCGUCGACAAGGCUGGCGUCAACCGUGUCGGUAUCGCCGACACUGUCGGCUGCGCCUCUCCCCGCCAGGUUUAUGACCUGGUCCGGACGCUGCGUGGCGUUGUCUCUUGUGACAUUGAGACUCACUUCCACAACGACACCGGCUGUGCCAUUGCCAAUGCCUUCUGCGCCCUUGAGGCCGGUGCCACCCACGUCGAUACCAGCGUUCUCGGCAUUGGUGAGCGUAACGGUAUCACGCCCCUCGGCGGUCUUCUGGCCCGCAUGCUUGUCACCAGCCCCGAUUACGUCAAGAGCAAGUAUAAGCUGCACCUGAUCAAGGAGAUUGAGGAUCUCGUCGCCGAGGCCGUCGAGGUCAACACUCCCUUCAACAACCCCAUCACCGGCUUCUGCGCCUUCACCCACAAGGCCGGUAUCCACGCCAAGGCCAUCCUCAACAACCCCUCGACCUACGAGAUUCUCAACCCCGAGGACUUUGGCCUCACCCGCUACGUCCACUUCGCCUCGCGUCUUACCGGCUGGAACGCUGUCAAGACCCGUGUUGGCCAGCUGGGUCUUGUCAUGACCGACGACCAGGUCAAGGAAGUGACCGCCAAGAUCAAGGCCCUCGCCGACGUGCGCCCGAUCGCCAUCGACGACGCCGACUCUAUCAUCAGAAGUUUCCACCUGACGCUCCAGAACGGCCACGACGGACAAACGAAUGGUGCCGCCCCGGCCGUGACUGCUUAG